AUGUCCGCUCUUGCCAACUUUGAGCGCUCCCGCACAGAGGCACCCAGUCUCCACGCCGUCGCAGACUCUCUGCGCAGCUGUGCCCACAUCGCAGAGCACUUUGCCAAGCAGCUCGCAGACGCUGAGUAUUCUCCAGAGCUCGCUGACUUUAUCAAUGACGAGUCCGCAAAGGGAAAGCGCAGGGCCCAGCUCUCCCCAGAGGAGGAUGGUGUCAAGAAGCGCAAGCGCAACUCCAAGCCCAAGGACCCCAACGCCCCAAAGCGUCCCCCUUCGUCCUAUAUUCUCUUCCAGAAUGAGGUCCGCAAGGAGCUCAAGGAACAGCAUCCCAACCUUUCAAACCAGGAUCUGCUCACCCUGAUCGCUGACCAGUGGAAAAACAUGUCCGAGGAGCAAAAGGCGGCAAGUCGCGUCGCGUACAACAAGGCCAUGCAGACCGCGAAGGACCAGUAUACUGAGGAGAAAAAGGCAUAUGACAACCGCACUCCGCAGGAGAUAGAGGCCGCAAAUGCUGCUGCUGCCGCCGCCGCCUCGCUCAAAAAGGCAAAGCCCCGUGGUCCGAAACCCGCUGCUCCUCCCGCUCCGGCUGUCAAGGCCCGUUCCCCACCUGCUGCACACCAGAUGCCCCCAAGCAGCCCAGACACCUCUUCUGAAGAGGAAUCGGAUGAGGACGAAAGCACUGCACCCAUCUUGCAGCGCCCUCCCGACAGCGACUCGAGCGACGACGAGUCGGAGCCAGAACCAGUUCACAAGAAGCGUCGAGCCGCGUCGCCCCAAGCCAAAGCAGCAACCAAAGUCAAAAAAGAAAAGGGCAUGACAGUAUAG